AUGAGCUUGAAAAGGUUUUUUAAUUUUCUAGACGAUGAUAAUAAAACCAAAAAAAAGAUUAACACUAAUAAGAAUGAAGUCGAUGACGAAAAAAUAAUUAAUGAUGAGGAAGAGAAAAUAAAAGAUGAAAAAAAAUAUAAGGAAGAAGGAGAACAAGAAAAAAGUGAAGAAUUACCAAAGGAGGAAAAAAAAGGUGGAAAAAGAAGAGGUCGAAAAAAACAAACAGAUGACAAAAAAAAUGAUGAUGAUAAUGAUCAGAAUGAAAAUUAUAAAAUUAACGACCAAUCUCAAACAACAUUAAACAAAAUAGAAGAAGAAAAAAAAGGUAACGAUAAUAAAAAAAAAAGAGGAAGAAAAAGUAAAAAGGAUAAUGAUGUAGUUAAAGAUGAUACAAAUGAACAUAAUAAAGAUGAUACAAAUGAACAUAAUAAAGAUGAUUCAAAUGAACAUAAUAAAGAUGAUACAAAUGAACAUAAUAAAGAUGAUACAAAUGAACAUAAUAAAGAUGAUACAAAUGAACAAAAUAAAGAUGAUACAAAUGAACAAAAUAAAGAUGAUAUAAAUGAACAUAAUAAAGAUGAUACAAAUGAACAUAAUAAUAAUCAUACUAAUGAACAAAAUAAAGAUAUUAUAUGUGACCAAAGCAAAAAUGUAAUAAAUAACCAGAGUACCCAUUAUGGUAAUCAAAAUGAUCAUGGGGAUCCGCCAAGUGAUGAUUUAAAAAAUAAGAAUGAUAAAGAAAAUAUAAAUGAUGAUAAAAAUUGUAAAAAAAUAGAGGCACCUAGUCAGAUAUUAUUAAAUACACCUCCUCCACCUAGCGGACACCCUCCUACAGGUAUACAAAAUCUUUCGCAUAAUUCUCCUCCCGUGCCCCCAGCAUGCCCACCUCCUCCUACUCCUCCCGCUCCGCCAGGACAACCAAAUCAACCAAAUUACCCCUCCCAAUAUUAUAAUAUGUAUAAUAAUAUGAAUGUUGAAAAUUAUAUGGGGUACCCGUACUACUAUAGUCAAUAUUAUAACGUAGUUCCUCAUCAGACCAAUGUCCUAAGCAUUGAUCCAAAUAAAGAGAAGCAACUUAAUAAUAAUAAUAGUAAUGUGUCAGAUGGUGGUAAAAUGAAGAACGAUUUGUUUUCGUCAGGAAAUAAUUACGAUAAAGAUAUAAAUACAGAUGAAAGUAAUAAGAAUAUGUCCAUAUUAGGAAAUAAUGUUUCAAAUUAUUAUAUGAAUAAUCCUAUAAAUAAUUAUUAUAAUAUGUAUAAUUAUAAUUAUAUGAAUGGAAUGAACAAUGUGAAUACGUUAAAUCCUAUAAAUGCAAUGACAUAUAAUUAUUAUUAUGAUAAUGUAGGUAUAUAUGACAAUAAUAAAAUGGUCGAUGAAAAUGUUUUAAAUUAUUGUUCUAUAUUAGAUAAAAGUAUCGAAUUAAUGAAAAAAAGUGAUAAGGUUAAAGAGAUUUUAAAAACACCUGCACGUUUACAAAUAACACAAGAAGAAUUAAAUAAAAUAGAAUAUACAGAAGGCAGCGAGCAAUAUAAUAUAUGGUUUGGUAAAUAUGUAACAGAUAGAUAUGAUAAAAGUAUCAAGGGUAGUAGUACUCCACGUUUUGUAGCAAAAUAUAAAUGUAAUCCAACAAAGGAUUCAGGAUAUACGAAAGCUGAUAAAUCAUAUACAAGUAAACAAUAUUUUUGUAUAUAUUUCGCAAGAGGAUGUUGUGCAUAUGGUCAUAAUUGUUUAUAUAAGCACAGAAUUCCUAAUGAAAACGAUGAACUUGAAUUUGAAGCCUCCGUAGAUAUAUUUGGUAGAGAAAAAUUUAAUACAUUUAAAGAUGAUAUGACAGGAGUAGGAACAUUUAAUAAUGAUUGUAGAACAUUAUUUAUUGGAAGUAUAUUUAUUAAUAAUAUAAAUCAAGUUCCAAUUAUUGAAAAAAUUUUAUAUGAAGAAUUUUUACCAUUCGGAAAUAUAGAAUAUGUAAGGUACAUACCUAAUAAAAAUAUAGCUUUUAUUCAAUUUACUAAUAGAGUAAAUGCUGAAUUUGCUAAAAUAGCCAUGUCAGAUCAACCAAUAGAAAAUUAUUCAACAGCCUUAACAAUAAAAUGGGCAUUUGAAAUAAAAAACCAACCACAUAAUUUAAUACAAUAUUAUAAUAAUCCAUAUAUUUAUGGAAAUACAAAUCAAGUUAUAUCGUCAACAUGGGAAAAUUAUCUCAUGCAACAACAAUAUGGGAACAACCAUCCAAUGUAUGCAAAUAUGAAUCAUAUGUAUAAUAAUACAAAUAUAUAUCCUAUAGAUAAUAAUAAUAUUAACACUAAUAUUAAUAGUAAUAUGGGUGUUCUUGCAAAUACCUCUUUAUCGGAACAUCAAAAGAAAAUAAACGACAGAUCAGCAACUUUGAAUAAUUCCUUAAAUAAAAUCGACCAAAUGUUCGACAUACAAAAUUAA